AUGCUUAAUAAACAGUCGCUUUUCAACCUUGUGAAGGAUGCUCUGAAGCGUCGGUCGCUACGUUCAUUCGAAAAAAUACAGGAUUCAUUUGACCACCAUCUGAGGUUAUCGUUGGCACUUGUCCGUCUACCUAGCCCUGCAAAAACUGCACAAUCGGUAGAGGAUUAUGCGAAAAGGCAGUGUCAGCGAUAUGGUUCAAAUGAUCAUCUCGACGUGGACGUUUUGAGGCCUUUUGAAAUCGUCAUGGGUUUCCAGCUCUUGGCGUUGAGGUGUUCUGCCAUGGGCUCUUCACCCAAAUGCAUUGGGGAUCUGCAGCAGCUUCGGGGACGUUUACAUGCAUUGCUAUGCCUAGCAUGGUAUAACAUCGAGGGGUUUGACUUUGUCAAAUUGUCUUUAAUUAUGAACUCACUGGCCAACAUAGUACACAGUGGUUGUCUGGACGUGGCAAUUUCCGCUUCUUCUACGCAUGAAGAUCAGAUUUCCUGCUCGAUUACCAACAAACAGGCCCCCCAAUAUAUGGACAAACUUGGUUUGGCCCCCCUGAGUGAUUCGUUGGGUGAUAAGGGUAUAAGCUGUGCUUUCAAGCGAUUUCACGAGCUGGUGGAGUCCAGAGUGAUUUCGUCACUAUGUGUCAAUGCGUGUUGCGGCAGCGCCACAGCGCAAUCAGAAACGUCUCUUGGUUACGUCGAUGGUCACAGCAUAUGCAUGAUACUCAAAUACUACGCUUCACUCAGGACCGCCGACAUAGUGACAGUAUAUGCCUUGUGGCUAUGGUUACUGGACCAAACGGUGAUUAAACUGACGGACAAUGUGAACAUAGUGAUUUCUUUAAGUCGUCUGGCAAAUGCUGACUUGUACAAAGCCUUUGACGCGAGUCAUACGCUUUUGGACAUCGCCGAUCGACUAAGAGAUCAUUUGUCACAUACAACACUGCCUGAUGCCAUAAAACGUAUGGUUAAAAUGUCAUCUGUCGCUCCAAAUGUUGAGCACAAAAGCGUGAUGGAGCUUCUGCUUGCCACUUUGCUGGAUAAGGACAGUGUAGGAGAUGCAAGCUUUGAAUCGCUACAGUUAUACAUGAAGGCUUUGAGAGCCUUAUCACACAAUGGCGUAGGAUUGGAACUUCUCAACCGGAUGGGAUGUUCCGCCCUGGACCAUGCUACUUCCACCAUACGUACCGCCGGUGAACCUGCAGCGCAUAAGUUCCAAUCUUAUGCAUCACUUUUGCAUAACAUCGAGCUCUGUAUGCAUGGAGCGCAAGUCCUUGAACCGAAGGACGUCGAGCUCUUUUUUCUAAACGAUGAGGUUCGAAAAUUUACCCUGAGUUACUUGGCCAUUAUAUCUAAGGACCCGUCGGCAGUGCCGACUAGGUCGCUAAGCGCGCUUUGUAGUUUUGUAAACACAUUGUGCACAAAUAGGAGUCUAGAACAAGAUUCGUUUUUAAUACACCUCCAAAAAACUCUUGGAGAGCUCAUGCCAGUAGUCCAUCGGGCUGCCCAUGACAUUUCAAAGAACGGGGAUAUUUUCGAGAAGCGUGACCUUUUGGCUGAUAGCAGUAAAACGGAAUGA